AUGUCGUAUUAUCACGGAAAUGAGUCCGGCCAUAUCCCCGGGAAGCUCGAUGACACCUGGUGGGAGGGCGGGGCGAUGUUCAUGGCCAUCAUUCUCUAUUACAAAUACGCAGGGGAUUCGACCUACAAUAAGGAGACAAUCCAAGGCAUGCAGCAUCAGGCUGGGGACUGUGAUUACUUGCCGUCAAACUACAGUAGCUGGCUGGGAAACGAUGACCAGAUGUUCUGGGGCUUAGCGGCCAUGACGGGGGCCGAAGUCAACUUCCCCAACUCGGCAGACGGAUACUCGUGGCUUGCGUUGGCGCAGGGAGUCUUCAACAACCAAGUCGGGCGCUGGGAUACCACCUCGUGCAAUGGCGGCAUGCGGUGGCAGAUGUGGUCGUACGAGAGCGGGUACACCAUGAAGAAUACGAUUGCGAAUGCGGGCUUGUUUCAGCUUGCCGCGCGGCUCGCCCGCUACACCAACAACCAGACCUACUACGACUGGGCCGAGAAGAUCUGGGACUGGUCGGCCACGACGCCGCUGCUGAGCAAUUCCACGUGGAAUGUGGCCGACUCCACCGAGACGACCAACGACUGUGCGACGCAAGGCGACAACCAGUGGACGUACAAUUAUGGAGCGUAUCUGAUGGGGGCGGCGUACAUGUACAACCAGACGAACGGCACCACUGCCCGCACCAAGUGGCUGACGGCCAUCAACGGGUUGUUAAAUGUGACCUUCGACACCUUCUUCCCCACCAAGUACGGCGGCAACGUCAUGUCGGAGAUCACCUGCGAGCCCACCGAGGUGUGCGAUCGGGACGAAAUCAUCUUCAAGGGGCUUCUGGCAAACUGGCUAUUCUUCACCGCCAUGCUCGUCCCCUCCACCUACAGCCGUAUCUUGCCGAAGCUGCAGGGCUCUGCUGAGGGUGCGGCGGCAUCGUGUACGGGUUACUCCAACAGCUCGUGCGGUGUCCGCUGGAACUCCUCCUGGGACGGCUGGUCCGGCCUGGAGGAGCAGAUGAGCGUCCUCAACCUCUUUGUUGCCAACCUCCUGCCGUAUGUCAGUGCAUCCGACUCGCCCCUCACCUCCUCCACCGGCGGAAAUAGUACCAGCGACCCUUCCGCGGGCACUUCUGACAGCACGGAUGACGAAGAGACCUUGAGCACGAUUACAACCGGCGAUCGCGUCGGAGCAGCGUUUAUAACGAUUAUUCUUGUCGCCAUGUCAGUCGGGAGCGUGGUGUGGAUGAUUGCGCUGUAG